CAUAAUAUAUAAUUUACGAUUGAAACAUUUUUUUUUUUUUUUUUAAAUCGGAAAUAAACCGAUCACACCGUGACACUAUUUUACACGUAAUUAUUGUUGUAUAGGACUAGCGCCGUCUCGCCCGGACGAUGUCUGUCGCGGUAUUAUAAUAUUGUACUAUUUUUUUUAUAGGUAUACCUAUACCUAUAUUUAGAUAUCUACCUAUAUUCGCUUCGCCGUCUCGGUAAUAUUUUAUUAUAAUAUGAUGCGUGCGUAUUAUAAAAUAUGUGUACAAUAUUAAUAUAUAUGUCCGUGACGACGAUAUAACAUUCGUACCGAAAUUAUACGCCCGCUAUAAACACAACCGCUGCGAGAGCUGAAGAUGAUACAACCGCGAACGCGCCCCGCUCGUAUGCAAUAUACCAAUAUGGUCGUCGCCGGCCGUAUAUUAUACUUGUGUCAUAUUAUGUCAAUAUGAUCGCCUUCGAAAUAUCGAUCGUACCUAUAUAUUAUAAUAUGCUGUAGAUUUAUUAUUAAUAUAUAUUAUAAUAUUAUCAGUUAAACAUUAUACACGACAAUAUUAUAGUAUACAUUGAUAUAUUUAUGCUAUACGCGGUGGAGGAUCAUCAUCAGCUAUAAAUCCGCGAACUCCGACGGCCGUACAAAAAAGUACCACUCCCUUCCCACCCCGCAGAGUUUCGACUUGUAAUAAUAAUAGGCACAAGUAAGCGUACUUUAUCAUACAAUAUGUAACAAUGCUGCUGCAAUAAAAUACUAUUGUCUAUAUAUACACUUAACUUCGAUAAAAUCGAAUCUGUACAUCUACGGUAAAUUUUGCAAUUUUUCGGAUUGUUACCAUUUACCAAUAUAUACGGUUGCAGUUUUAUUUAUAUUUAUAUAAGACUCGUGUAUCUGCAGUAGUGCAGUGUAUUUGGGUUUGAUAAUAAAUACUAUACGUUUAGUAGUUUACGCGAUCGUGCGGGUUUUUUUGAAACUGUGUUGUGGAAGCGUGGAUUUACUGUUAUUGUUAAAACACAAUUUUUAUAUUUAAAUAUGUCGAAACGUAAAUUAAAAAUCUUAACGAUUGCGGAAAAAGUCAACGUCAUUCAUAUGGUCGAACAUAGCGGGAAAAAAAAUUAUGAAGUAGCAAACGCAUUUGGCAUACCGAGCUCUACGUUAUCGACUAUUUUAAAAAAUAAAACGAAAAUUUUGACAAAUUUCAAAUUGCAACCAAGUCGGAAGAAAAUUAAGCUAUCUGAGUUUCCGAAUCUGGAUUCUAGUUUAUUCAAAUGGUAUGUCCAGUGUAAGGAUAGUAACCUACCCGUAAGUGGACCUAUAUUAAAAGAAAAGGCUAACAUAUUUGCAAAGUCACUGGGUUACACGAAUUUCAAAAAUAGCACUGGAUGGCUGGAUAAAUGGAAAAAACGAAACAACAUUACUUUACGAAAACCUUGCAGUGGAAAUUUGUCUAAUUCAUCUGUCAGUAAAGAUCAACAUUGUAUUAAAUGGAAAAAUGAUAUUUUAACAAUAAUCAAUGAAUAUUCACCUAACGACAUUUUCAAUGCAGACGAGAUGGGAAUUUUUUACAGAUGUCUACCGGACAGUACUCAGCAGCUAUCUUAUGGAGAAGACGAUUGCCGCGAUGGCAAACGAAGUAAAGAACGCGUUACUGUUCUUUUGUGUACGAAUAUGAGUGGUACCGAAAAAAUCAAACCUUUGCUUAUCGGAAAGCCUACUAAACCAAGAUGCUUCAGAGGAAUUAAAUCUUUGCCAAUAGACUACGAAUCAAAUCCAAAAGCAUGGAUGACGGCUUUUUUGUGGAAUAAAUGGCUUAAACAAUUUGAUGAAAAGCUGUUCAUGGAAAAUCGUAAGAUUAUAUUAUUUAUUGAUAAUUGCACUGCUCAUGUCAUCGUCCCAAAUUUAAAAGCGAUUACUAUCAAGUUUUUCCCAACCGACAGCACUUCGAAACUCCAACCACUCGACCACGGCAUAAUCCAAAACUUCAAGGUUUUUUAUAGAAAAGAAGUGAUACGUAAAAUAACUUCACAUAUUGAACUCCAAUGCACUAUUUCAAUUGAUUUGUUACAAGCUGUAAGAAUAACUGACAAAUCAUGGAGACAAGUUACGUCGGAAAUAAUAGCAAAUAGUUUCAAAAAAGCGGGAUUUCAACACCCGGGUACACUUGUUCAAACAAUCCCCUCCUACCAAGAACCCUAUCAAGAAAAAAAUCAUCCUGAAUGGUCGUAUAUUAAACAAAAGUACAAUUUAAUGCCAGAAUUUACAUUUAACAGUUAUGUCAAAAUUGACGAUAACCUAACAGUGUGUAGCAAUUUAAAUGAUUCUGAAAUAAUAUCUGCAGAAGUUGCAGGAUUAACAAAAUGUACACAUGAUAAUGACAGAGACGAUUAUUCAACUUCAAGAAAAGUUGCUUAUAAAGAAGCCACAAGAGCGUUAGAAAUUUUACGUGAUUUUAUUGAAACAACAGAAGGAAUGGAUAAUAUUCAUUUUGAAGCAUUAGGAACCAUAGAAGAUGCCAUGGAUAAAAUAAAACAUACAGAAAAACUUUAAGUAUUUUAGGAAAAAAAAAUGUUUGUCUAAAGUAAUAUAAUUUAAUUACUAAUUAUUCUAAUAUAUAUAAAUAAUACUACGCAGUAUAAUUCCUAAUUACCUACCUAUAGCCUAUAGAUAUUCACACUGUAUACUAUUCUGCCUAGAAAUGUAUAAACUGGGUAUUUUUUAUAUUUUUCAGACAUAUUCGGUACUUUAUAGUUUAUGUAGGGUAUUUUGGCAUAUUGUUCUAUAAUAAUAGUACCUAUCUACUAAUAGUUUAGAGAAGGUUAUAUCAAUUGAAUAAAAAACGGGAUAUUUUAUUUAUAAAAUUUCAACAACUCAAUCGAUUUUAAAAUUCAAUUCUUAAAAUAUUGUACUAUUACUAUAUAAUAUAUUAUAUAAUACUAUUAACCUAAAUAUAUUAUAGUUAGGUUAAAUAAUAUUACUAAGGUACAUUAUUUUUUAGGUGUGGAAAAUGUAAUUUAACUAAAAACAUUUUAGUUAUUUUAUCAAAAACGAGAUUUAAUAGACACAGAAAAAACCUAAUAAUGAUAACACAAAAGUAUGAAAUAAAUUUCUAUGUCUACAACCUACCUAAUGUAAUAAUUAUUAUUAUAGUUCUAAUUACCUAAUAUAAGCAUAAUACUU